AUGGACAAUGACUUGCGACAGCAAAUUCUCCAGCGGACUCUGCAGGAGGUAGUUGAGGAAGUGGCUAAUCCCUGUGUCAUUUGUCUGGACACCAUCACCGAGCCGUGUGUGGCACAGCCAUGCCAACAUGCCAACUUCGACUUCAUCUGUCUUCUCAGCUGGCUGGAGCAGCAGCAAAAAUGUCCUCUAUGUAAAAUCGAACUGACAGCAGUCCAAUACGAACUGAAAGCCCCGCAAGGCCCAAAGCUAUAUCAGCUCCCACCCUCGAGCUCAACCACCGUAACUCCUCCAGCACGACCACCACGAGGUCCCAGGAAUGCUCAACGCGGAGGACGACGUCCAUGCCCGCCGCGGCCGUCGCCAGACGACCCGCUGGAGCGCCGGCGCAACGUCUAUCGCAACCAAACAUACUCCAUGCGAGUCGGAUCCAACCGCCUAUCCCAGUAUCGCGAGCUAGCCCCAGAACGGUUCAACAGAGACGAGCAGCUUGUAUCGCGCGCUCGAAAAUGGAUCCGCCGUGAACUACGAGUCUUUGCUUUCCUGAACCCAGAGUCGGAGGAGGAACAGCGCACGCCGCAGCAGAUGUCCCGGCCUGGGCCUCAACGCCUCGAGAACCGGAGGGCAAAUAAUGCCGAGUUCUUGCUCGAGUAUGUCAUUGCCAUUUUGCGCACGGUGGAUCUCAAGGGGAGUGCUGGCCAGGCGGAGGAAUUAUUACGCGACUUCAUUGGGAGGGAAAACGCAUGCCUUUUCCUACAUGAGUUACAAGCCUGGCUAAGAAGUCCUUACCAGACGCUCGAGGACUGGGAUCGUCAUGUUCAAUAUGCGAACGAACCCCGCGAUACAUCAGAUCGGGGAUCUAGGGCUGUGCCUGACUCGGGUCGUAGAACUGCGCCCUCGAACAGGGGCAGGGGACAAAGGUCUCGACGGCCGUAUAGCUCCCGGACCGAAGAUCCAGUUGCCCGGUCAAGGCGGAUUCAGCAAGCUCAGCAGCGAUAUAACCCAUAUUAA